CUUCAAAAAGGACACACGGGAUCUAAUCGGAAAUGUUAAGGUUGCCCAAAAAAGGAUUAACUAGAUUUGAACAAAUUCAAGAUGAAGAAACUUACCUGGAAAAUUUAGCGGUUCAGAGAAAUGCUUCUGCCUUUUUUGAAAAAUAUGACCGGAGUGAAGUACAAGAAUUAUUAACUACUGCGCUAGUUAGCUGGUUGUCCACCAAAGAGGAUGUGCGAUCCCAACUGGACAUCCCGUGUGGCAUAAUGACACAGAUGAACAACGUGGGCUUCUCCACCGCCAUCCUGCUGACUCCGGUGGAUUCUGAUGCCCUCCUAGACUACAGAGAGGUCCACCAGAUCAUAAGGGAGUUGGCCAUCGGAAUCUACUGCUUAAAUCAGAUCCCAUCCAUCAGUUUAGAAGCAAAUUAUGAUCAGAGUUCAUCUUGUCAGUUACCUCCAGCUUAUUUUGAUACUAGAGUUGGGCAGAUUCUGAUCAAUAUUGACUACAUGCUGAAAGCACUGUGGCACGGAAUGUACAUGCCCCAAGAGAAACGGGCCCGCUUCUCUGAACUGUGGCGCACCAUCAUGGACAUUGACCAGGAUGGGAAACCGCAAACAAGCAAAGAUAUUUUUGCAGAAUUCAGUGCAGCAGGUUUGAUCGAUAUCACAAAGGAUCCAGACUUUGAUGGAAUCUAUGAAGAAGACAUUAAUGAAGAUCCAACAUAUGACCCCAACAGCCCUGAAGAAAAAGCUAUAUUCAUGAAAUAUGCUGAAAAUAUUAUGCUGAAGUUGACAUUCAGUACCACACAAGUUCAACAAUGUGAAAAUGUCUUCAUAUUUGAAACAGCCUAUUGGCUUACUAACGCUAUAAAAUGUAAUCAAGAUUAUCUUGAUAUUUGUACUUACCAGAGACUACAGCAAAGAUUAUAUCUUCAAAAGAAAAUUAUUCAAAAACAUUUUGAGAAGAAAAAGGAAAUCAGAGGAGGGCUAGGAUACCUAAAGUUAAUUUGUUUUCUGAUUCCAUUUCUGUUGAGUUUAAAAAAGAAGAUGAAAGUUCCAUAUUUAAGUAGUUUGCUUCAGCCUUUUUCAGAUGACAAGGUCAAGACAGAGCGUGAAUUGCCACCAUUCAUUUAUGGACAAGACUUUAAAUGCCAGAACUUCUACUACAAAGAGAACCAAUAUUUUCAUGUGCAUGGAGGAAUUGAAUUUGAUAUCAGCACCCCUUCAAUUGAGAAUGCUUUGGAAGAUUUUAAGAACAAUCUAGAAAAAAUACGGGAUUGUGCUGCCCACACAUUUGGAGAAGAAUCAGGAUACAAAGAAUAUUACCCAAUACCAGUCAUAGAAUUUUAUGGAAGAAGCUACUAUGUGAUUUGUUUUGAACUUGAAGGUUUCUAUCAGCAACUGUAUAAGACACAGUGGUGGGGAGCCAUAAAUGAAAUUGUGAACAGUCUCAGAUUGAAGAGACUUCCACUGACAGACGCUCAGUUACAUGACCAAUUUAAGAAAAAAUUUGGUUUCAAAAAAGCAAUGAAAUGCAAGAGUAUCCCAUUUGGUUUGAAGUCUGCUGUAGAAAGAGGAUUAGCUGCCAUUUUCCACACAUUCAGUCGUAAAACCUCCAGCUCAACAAUCAAUGUCUCUGAUGAAGCAGGCUUUGCCGUUUUCCACCAUGCUGCUCUGUACAACAGAGUCUCCAUCAUAUGUCAGCUGUGCAAUGCCAACUUCAAUGUCAACCAGAGACGCUUUAUCAUGUACAGCCAAGACUCAUCAAAAAUGGACGUAAAAAAAGAAAGAACUGGUCCAACACCUCUGCACCUGGCUGCACAGGCUUGUUCCUUAGAAACCACCAUCUGUCUACUCUGUUUCAAAGCUGACUAUAUGCUUUCUGAAAAGAGAGGCUGGCUGCCGAUUCACUUUGCUGCCUUCUACGACAAUAUCUGCAUCAUCAUUGCGCUCUGCAGGAAGGAUCCUGCUCUGCUGGAAGCUGAGGCAACAGCUGAGAAUCAGUGUACUCCACUGUUGCUUGCCGCCACUUCUGGAGCACUGGACACUAUUCAGUACCUAUUUUCUCUUGGUGCUAACUGGAGAAAAACGGAUGCUAAAGGAAAUAACAUCAUUCACUUAUCAGUGCUAACUUUUCACACAGAGGUUCUCAAGUACAUAAUAGAGUUAGAGAAUUCUGAACUUCCAGUUUGGAAAACUUUGGUAGAAAUGCUACAGUGUGAAAGCUACAAGCGGAGGAUGAUGGCUGUCAUGUCCUUAGAAGUAAUUUGCUUAGCAAAUGAUCGAUACUGGAAAUGUAUUUUGGAUGCAGGCACAAUUCCUGCGUUAAUCAAUUUAUUAAAAAGUCCCAAGAUAAAGUUACAGUGCAAAACCAUUGGAUUAUUGAGUAAUAUCUCAACCCACCACAGCAUAGUGCAUGCAAUAGUUGAGGCAGGAGGCAUUCCAGUGGUCAUCAACCUCUUAGCAUCCGAGGAACCUGAACUGCACUCUCGCUGUGCUGUCAUUCUCUAUGACAUUGCUCGAUAUGAAAACAAGGAUGUUGUUGCCCGAUAUAACGGAAUCCCUGCGCUAAUAAAUCUCUUGACGUUAAACAUAGAAAAUGUACUAAUAAAUGUAAUGAACUGCAUCCGGGUAUCAUGUAUAAAAAAUGAAAUCAAUCAGAGAGCAGUGAGAGACCAUAAUGGGAUCCCGCAUCUCAUCAGGUUUCUGAGUUCUGAUUCAGAUGUGUUGAAAGCUGUGUCUUCUGCUACAAUUGCCGAGGUUGGGCGUGACAAUAAGGACAUUCAGAAUGCUAUAGUUGCAGAAGGGGCCAUCAAUCCUCUGGUUGCUCUUUUUAAAGGGACACAACUUAGUGUCCAAGUGAAAGGUGCAGAGGCUGUGGAAUCAUUGGCAAGUUUCAACCCUCACAUACAGAAAGCGUUUCUGGAAAGAAAAUUAACAAAAUACCUUCUAAAACUCCUAAAGGCCUUUCAAAUUGAUGUUAAGGAACAAGGAGCAAUGACGCUUUGGGCCUUGGCGGGACAAUCACUGAAACAACAAAAACAUAUGGCAGAACUGAUCGGCUACAACCUUAUAAUAAGUAUGCUUUUGUCAUCAUCAGCUAAAAUGCAGUAUGUUGGAGGUGAGGCAGUGAUCGCUCUAAGCAAGGACAGCAGGAUGCAUCAAAAUCAAAUAUGUGAAGGCAAUGGGAUUGCGCCAUUGGUUCGCCUAUUAAAAAUUAAUAGAUUGACUGAAGGCACCCUUCUCAGUGUCAUCAGGGCAGUGGGUUCCAUCUGCAUUGGUGUAGCCCACACGAACAACCCUGUGAGCCAGCAGUUUGUUGUGGAGGAGAACGCGCUUCCUGUGCUCAUCCAACUGCUAAGAAGUCACCCUUCUCCUAACAUCAAGGUGGAAGUAGCAUUUUCUUUGGCAUGCAUUGUUCUAAGGAAUGAGGCACUACAGAAUGAAUUACAAGAGAAGGAAGGGUUUAGAUAUUCUGAUGUCCUUUAUCUUCUUCACUCAACAGAUAAGGAUAUUUGCCUAAGAGCAGGCUAUGCAUUAAGCCUUUUUGCCUUCAAUAAUCGCUUUCAACAGUACUUAAUAUUGGAAAGUGGAACAAUGACCAUUUCUAUUUUUGAACCUUUUUUUGAAUCAACAGUUGAAACUGAGAGGGCAAUGGCAGCAUUUCAGAUUAUUGUAUUAGCAAAAGUCAUUAUAGAUGUGGAUCAUAUUACCUUGACUGCAAGAGGUGUUACUAUUUUAGUUGAUAGUCUGUAUUCGCUUCAGCCCAAUACUAUUGUCUUGACAGGGAAUUUAAUAGCCAGCCUGGCUCAUUCUAGAGCUGGUAUUCCAGAAGCAUUUACCACAUUAGGAACAAUCCAACGGCUCUGUUACCAUUUGCACUCAAUUAGAGAAGAGGUCCGUACAGCUUGCUCCUGUGCCCUUGGCUACUUAACUUACAAUGCAAAUGCUUUCCGCAUCCUACUGAGGGAGUGCAGGAAUAAACCCAAUCAGUUCCUCCGUUUAACAAAUAACAUCAACAAAGAUGCAAAUAUUAACCCAGCAUUUUUAAAGGAAUUUCAAAUACAACAAACAGUGGGACUUCCUUCUCUGAGUUUGGAAAAGAAUGGAGGACCAUCCAUAAUUCCUGUCUUUAAGAAAGGAAAAGAACACCGAAGAAAAGCAAAACCUAAAAUUCAACCAAGAGAUUCUUUGACUUUAAUACCUCCUGUAACUAACUUAAAGGGACUCUUCAAAACAUCAGAAAAUGCUGAUGUUCCCCUUAGUAUACUUUCUUUUUCGUCUGCACUUUCAUCGGAUAUCAUAAACAUAUCAAGACCAAGAAUAGUGUGCUUGAACAAACUUGGGAAAAACAUACAGAAAGCCAACUCAGAGCCUUCAGAAAGCUAAUAAAAGCA